UCCUUUUCUUUAGAUUCCUUUUUUUUUUCGUUCUCAUUCUCAUUCUCUCUCUCUCUCCUUCUCUUUAUUAAUCUUGUUAUUCUUGUAACUGUUGUCUUCCUCUCGUUUCUUUAUCUGUAUUUCCCUCGUUAAUUACUUGUUUCAUAUAAUGGAGAUCUUGACUUUAGAAUCCGUGUUGGCCGAUACAUCGAGUGAUCUCUUUCAUGAAUUCACCCACUUUUUAAGACAGCAGUAUUGUACCGAGAACUUGAGUUUUUAUCUGGCUGUUCAACGAUAUGAGGAGUGCGCUCGUUGCUUCUUUCAGCAUGAUGAAGCUUUGAAAGGGUUUGAGGACUGCGUGAUCCUAGAGAGCUCGGAUCCUUUUUCAUUCUCGGAUGAAAACCUGACGGACAGUCGUUUAACAGAGUCGGAGCGAUUCCAUUACGGCGUUUUGCAAGAAAAAUGUCUUACCAUCGUCAACACAUAUGUGCGAUCCAACUCGCCUCAAGAGAUCAACAUCCCGUGCGAUAUGCGACAAGACAUCCUGGAACGGGUGCAUCUUCACAAUCAAUAUCAUCCUGCUGUGUUCAAUCUGGCGAUCGAGGCCGUGGUAGAAUUGAUGCGAGUGAAUUCAUUUAUUCCCUGGUUAACUGACAAUGCGCCUUCCCGUUUGCCGUCCCCCCCGCCCCUGAUGGCGUCCAAGACGAUCACCUCAUCCUUCUCGUUCCCCGAUCGAUGGCAUUUACGGCAAUUGAUGAAAUCGCCGCGUUCCAGCUUUGCAUCCGCCCGAUUUGAAGACACCGGCUCCUGUGCCGACUUUUCCGUCUCCAGCACUGGCACAAAGUUGUCCAUGAUCAAACGCAUGAAACGAUCCUUGGGAUUCUCCUACUACGAGCCCCAGCAUGCUUCCGCGCCCAACACACCGCGAACGUCCAAUGAAAUGAUAAGAUUCUCAUGGACCACUUGGCGCAAACUCCAGCGAUAAAGAAAAACUGUAAUAACCAUUCCAUCCUCCAUGUUUCGAACCCCAUUUUCAUUCCUUACUCACUUCAAUGUAUCAUAUCGCGCAUUUUUUGUCACCCGUCCCAUUCAAGCUACACUAUGAUAGAUCUUUUUUAGACACACUUCUUUAUGUUGACAUAGACUUAUAGAUUACAGUAUAGAAAUCCCCUUUCAACAAAUUACGUAACAUUUACAUAUCUCUGUAUGAAUUAUAAGAAAGUUUUUACUACACG